ACAACAAAUUCCAACAAAGCGUGGGAGGCCAAUGUCCAUGUCCUCCUCGUGACCACCGUGUCCCUCUCUCCCCUCCUCCACCUACCCUGCCUCUGCCUCUCUCUCUUUCUUUCCAAUAAUAUACACACACGCGCAGAGAGAAACACAGACAGAGAGAGAGAGAGCCCAGUAAGUAAUUUGGUCUGUUGAUUCAUUUCUGGACGGCGGUGGAUGAAGUAGAAUGACGGCCGUGGGAUCGUCAACGGGGCGGCUGCCGACAUGGAAAGAGAGGGAGAACAACAAGAGGCGGGAGAGGAGGAGAAGGGCCAUCGCCGCCAAGAUUUACUCCGGGCUUCGAGCACAGGGUAAUUACAGGCUCCCCAAACACUGUGACAACAAUGAAGUCCUUAAGGCCCUUUGCGCUGAAGCUGGCUGGAUUGUUGAGGAAGAUGGCACCACCUAUCGCAAGGGAUGCAAGCCACCCCCAGUCGAGGCUCCGAUGGCAUCGAGAAAUAUCAGUCUGUGUUCGUCAGUCCAGCCAAGUCCAAAUUCUUCGGCUUUCCCCAGUCCUGCACCGUCUUACCAUGCCAGCCCAAUGUCUUCCUCAUUUCCAAGCCCAUCUCGUGGUGAUGGGAACCCGACCUACAUUCUCCCAUUCCUGUGCAACUUAGCUUCCAUUCCCUCCUCCCUUCCUUCACUGCGCAUAUCCAAUAGUGCCCCAGUAACCCCACCUAUUUCGUCUCCAACCAGAAGUUCAAAGCCCAAGCCUUACUGGGAAUCUGUUUCCAGCAGUUCAUUGAAUUCUUUUCUCCACCCUGUUUUUGCUGCCUCUGCUCCAUCUAGUCCCACUCGUCGUCGACGUUUUACACCUAUACCGAUUCCAGAAUGCGAUGAGUCUGUUGUGCCCACCAUUGAUUCUACUUGUUGGGUCAGUUUUCAGACAGUGCCAUCUCCAUCUGCUCCCACUUCACCUACUUAUAAUCUUGUAAAACCUGUGGCUGAGCAGAAUUCUCUCAAGGACACAAUCGAUGGCUGUGGUGAGUUUAUAUGGGGAUCAGCAACAAAGAGGGCCCGUGGCCCUGAGUUUGAGUUUAAGAGUGGCGCAGUAAAGGCAUGGGAAGGUGAAAGAAUACAUGAAAUUGGAAUGGACGAUUUGGAGCUCACGCUCGGGACUGGAAAAGUUGCUGCUUAGUCUUGCUCCCUGGUAUUUGGUUUACUAUUAAAGAACACAGACGAAACUUAUCCCUUCAUAGCUUCAAAUUUCAUGUUUGCUCACCACACGCCCCUUUGUGCCACAUUGCUUAAGGUCUCAUUUCUGCGUAAUCUGUAUCCCUCGGCUGCACGAGUCAUGUUUUCCAGUUGACACUACUCCAAAACAAACUUGGUUCCACUAAUGAGGAGAUGAUGAUUUGGUGAGCUUGGUAGAUCCAAUGUUCCCCAUCAAUAGGCCUGACGCAGCUAAACAGCAGAAUGCACCCUCCUUUGCUCUUUCAUUUAUCUUUCAUUCAUCAGAAACUAGUCACACAAGCUUGAGAUGUGGAAAUUGUUUGAUUUUCUUGUAAUUAUUACCGUGUACAGAAGAAAACAGCCUAAAUCUGUUGUGUGCUUAUUGUUCCCCUGUCUGAACAGCGAAACAGGUCUUUUUUGUAAUCUCAGUUGCAAACAAAUUAUCAGCA